AUUAAUUUACAGCUGCUAUCAAUGUCAGUCAAUUUUAAUAAUAUUAAGGUUAAUUAAAAAUGAUUCAAACAUUUAAAGUAAAGCAUCCAGGACUUUUAUCAGCUCUAAGUCGAUGUUAUUCUCUGAAUUCUCCCAUACUUAAAUCUGAUCUGGAAACAAAAAGAAAAGUCACAAUGAUUCCAGGUGACGGCGUUGGACCAGAUUUGAUGGAAUCGGUAAAAGAAGUUUUUAGGAACAUAGGUGCUCCUAUCAAUUUUGAAGAGAUGCAUUUAAGUGAAAUCAACCCUUCAAUGAGUGUGUCGUUUGACGAUGUUAUCGAAUCCAUAUCACGAAAUGGCGUAGCUCUUAAAGGUAAUAUAAGGUCAGCUCAAGGAAUGUAUUUAGACGAUAUGCAAACACUUAAUAUGCGAAUGAGAAAAUCUUUAGAUUUGUUCGCUAACGUAGUUUGGAUAUCCAGUAUUCCUGGUUUAAAGACUAGGCACGACGAUCUAGAUUUUAUAAUUAUUCGUGAACAAACUGAGGGUGAAUAUAGUGCUUUAGAACACGAAAGUAUUUCAGGAGUCGUUGAAAGUAUGAAAAUUAUAACGAGAGCUAAAUCCAAAAGAAUAGCUAAAUUCGCUUUUGAUUUCGCUGUCAAAUAUGGACGUAAAAAAGUCACAGCUGUGCAUAAAGCCAAUAUUAUGAAAUUAGGAGACGGUUUGUUCUUAAAUUGUUGCAGAGAAAUAGCAGAAUUAUAUCCUAGUAUAAAGUUUACAGAUACAAUAGUCGAUAAUUGUUGCAUGCAAUUAGUGUGGAAUCCAUGGCAAUUCGAUGUUAUGGUUAUGCCAAAUCUUUAUGGAAAUAUUGUUGACAAUUUAGCUGCUGGAUUAGUUGGAGGGGCUGGAGUCGUACCAGGCCAGAGUCAUUCAAAUCAUUGCGCACUCUUUGAAACAGGGGCUAGGCAUCCAUUUGCGGAAGCAGUUGGAAAACAUAUAGCAAAUCCAACAGCAAUGUUAUGGUCGGCAUCUAACAUGUUGGGAUAUUUGCAAUUGCCUAAAUAUCAGAAAAUGAUAAAAGAUGCCUUGUUUAAAGUCAUAAAAGAUGGAAAGAUUCGAACUAGAGAUAUGGGUGGAUAUGCUCGCACCAAAGAAUUUACUCACGCUGUAAUAAGCAAUAUUGAGAUGUAGGACUCAAUUGUUUGAUAUGGGGUGGUUUAAACAAAAUCUUUGUUGAAUUAUAUAAUUGUUUUAUAUAAUUAAAUUUCCUAUAUUAUAUAAAUAAGUGUAAUUAUAAAUUAUAAUUAAAUCUGAGUUAUGGUAAAUAUUUUAUUUUACAGUAAAC